GGUGUCGACCCCGUCGACAUUCAUCCCUAGGAUGGUCCCUAUACGUCCAGUGAAUUUGACGGGGACCAUGAACGAAGCAGCACCAUUGAAUAUCUAUGAAGUUGACGAGGCGGAGCAAGAGGCAGCCCGCAGAAGGAAGGGUAAGGCUAUAGCCAAACCCAGCAAGACCCGAGAUUCGGCGUUCAUACGCCUAGGGGACAAAGAGGAUGGACCUCGCAAGUCUGCCAAGCUACGUCUUGGUCCUGAGACGGGCCGGACUAACGGAAUGGAAAGACAUGGCGGGAAUCGUCCCGCCCAAUCUCAUCGUUCUAGGGAAUCUGUGACGAUUCACCUAGACGAGGAGGAAGCUGAAAGCCAGCCUAGGGCAUCGACAUAUACCAGGCUCUCAUACGAUGAAGAUGACCUGGACAAGAUAGGGAGCAUAGCGAGAAAGCUACGUGCCCUGGAGGAAAAGGUCAAGUUGGACGUGGAGAAAUUCACUGGAAAGGAGGAUCCAGAUAUCCACCUUGACACCUUCCACAAUGCAGCACAGAUGGUCGGGUGCACUGAUGCUGAGGAGUGUUUGCUGUUCUUCUCAUCCUUGAGAGGGAGACCAGUGGAAUGGUUUAACGGCCUUCCCCAUGGAAAGAUUGGGUCAUUUGAGAAACUUGCCGAAGUUUUCCGCAAGAAGUACCAGGAUAACUGCAUCAAAAGAAAGAAGUUCACCUACCUAAACACGGUAGGGCAGAGGGAGAAGGAGUCCUUGACUCAAUUCUUAACCCGCUGGAGGGACGAGGUUGACAAGGUAGAAGAGAUGGACGAUAAGACGGCCAUGUCUUUGCUGAUGAAUGCCUUCCGGUCAGGUGACCUCUACACUGAAUUCUGUAGGAGGCCACCCUCCUCUUAUCAGGAAGCCUACAGUACGGCAUGGGAGUAUGCCGAGGCAGAGGUCCUGAACAAGAGCAAGCAGGAACUGGAGGAAGGCUAUACACGGGUGAAAACCGAUAAGCCGAAGAAGGAUGAUCAGAGGGGAGGGUCCAAGCCGAGGGCCACAUAUGAUGGGUCUGUUCAUCAAAUUAGGGAUGAGAAGAAAGGAGAACAACCCAAGCGGCCUUGGACAGAGAAGUGGUGCACCUACCACCAAUCCGACUCUCACAACACGACAGAUUGCCGAAAUGUGAGGGUCGUGCUCAGGGAGAUGACCUUGAAAGGGGAAUUGGGUGAAAUAUUCGUUACGGGGCUUGAUGAAAACGAAUAGGCGAGUACUUGAAUCCACCCACAUGAAUAUGAUCAGGGAAAGAAGAAAGGGUGGAUAAGAUG